AUGGACAAGGGUCUGAACGAGCUUCUCAAAUGGAGCAUUGAGAACGCCAGCACGACGGCCAACGAUCCGCCGGCGGGGCCGCCGACCAACCGUGGCCUCAACACGGAUGCCAUUAACGCGCUGCUCGGAGGGCCUUCGGACGCCGACCUGAUGAAGGCAUCCAUGGAGGUGAUCACGUCGACCGACCCGGACCUGACGCUCGACGACAAGAUGGUCGCCUUUGACAAUUUUGAGCAGCUGGUCGAGUCGCUCGACAACGCCAACCUGCUCAGCAACCUGGCCCUGUGGCCGCCGCUGCUGGCCGUGCUCGGCAACGACGACCUGCCCGCAGACCUGCGCCGCAUGGCCGCCUGGUGUGUCGGCACCGCCGUCCAGAACAACAAGCCGAGCCAAGAGAGCCUCGUGGCCCAUGGCGGCAUCCCCGCGCUCGUGCGCCUGGCCACUGCUACUGCUGAGCCCGCCGCCGUGCGCCGCAAGGCCGUCUACGCCCUCAGCUCCGCCUGCCGCAACUUCCAGCCGGCCAUGGACGUCUGUGUCGAGGCUCUCGUCAGCGACGGUCGCCUCCAGCAGCCCGCCAAGCCGGUCGACGCCCAGAAUAUGGACGCCGUCGACGAGAUCAUGGACAGCCUCAAGUCCGAGUUCAUGAGCACGUCCGCCACCGCGGCGGCGGCCUGA